AAAAUGUUCAUUAGAUUUGCUGCUGCCUUCCAAACAAUUCUCCUCUUAAAAGUAUCUCCGCGCAUUUCAACUUCGAGUCUCCGAUCACCGGAAGACAGCUUCCGGUGACCGGGAAUUGCAGCGGGAUCAACGAGUUCCACCAUGAUUUUACAUUAACCAAUCCCUCUCAUGGAUUCCCCUGAGAAAGAUGAUGGAGCUCAUAAGCGUCCUUGCCGCAUUCUCCUUCGUAUCUGUUUUGUUCUUCUCGUCCCCUUCGUCGCCUCGUGCUUCCUCACGUUGGUGAUCGCAUCUUUGGACAUGAUGAUCGGAUAUUUCGCAAUUUCCAGUCCGAUUUCAGUUGCCGCACAGUGCAAGAUUAUUUCCAGCGGUGUUGAUAUUAGAUCAUCCAAGAUCUGUGAACUUGGAUGGUUGAACUAUAAAGCUAAGCAUGUCUUUUACCCCUUGGAAAGAAGAAAGUUCCGCUGCCAUUAUGAUUACUAUUGGGCUUCAGUAUUCAAGGUAGAGUAUAAAGAGCAUUCUUCAGGUCAAACACACCAUGCAUUGGCAGAAGCUCCUAAGGAGGCACUACCUCCUGAUUGUAGGCCAAGUUUUGGCGCUGCAUGGUCGACCAAAGAUAAGUUCAAGGUGAAUGAAACUUAUAACUGCUGGUAUACACCUGGUGUAUCCAAAGUGGACAUAUAUUCUGAUGGUCUCUUCAAUUGCCAAGCAAAAGAUCCAUCUCUGGUUGAGAUGAUUUGGAGAUUUUCUGUUCUCUUCAGAAGGAUUACGGACUCCUGGCCCGCCAACAAUGGAAAUGCGAAGCACCCAUAUCGUGAUAGCAUAGCUGGGAUUAUAACUGGUUUGUCAACUCCGUUAAUCUUUGUCAGCUUGGCUAAACUACUGCAUGCGUUGAAAUUCAGGCUGAUCAGAAGCUGGAAAGAGAGAAAACUUCUUCCUGCCUUCUAUGGGGUUUAUUUCAAGCGGGCUUGUUUUCUUAUUGUGUAUGCCUCCUUUAUGGGUUGGUUGACCAUCCAGUAUGGGAAGAUGCUUGGCAUUCCGAAGAUCUUUAUGAACUCUUGAUCCAUUGCCGAAAGGUAAUGCUCAUCCUUGUAAAUUUCACCAUUUAAUCACUCCGAAUUUGUAUGCUUAUAUAUACUAGGGGUAGGGGAUACUCUUUAUACUGACCCACUCAAGAUAUUUGUUAUGUACAAUCUUGAAUUAGAAAGGAAGAAAAUUUAACAGGCAUUUAAAAAAGAAAUUCCACUUAUAUUUUCUCUUGUGAAAA